UCGGCAGACUGGCAGACAGUCUCACUUUCUAUUUGAUAACAAUCGCUAUCAAACGCUCGGUGCUGUGAAAAGUACGAUUUUAUAUUUACAUUCUUGCUCUAGAAGUCAACAAUUUCGGCCAAAAAUGACGACCAAGUACGAGGUAACGAAACAAACGAUCGAAAGAUACGGCAAGACCCUUUUCGGGUCACGAAUCGCGGACGGUGGAUUGCAGCUCUUCGGUAGCAGCACCGCUCCCCAGAGGUGCAACAAACCUAUUACGACGAUUUUCUUCGACCUGGACAAUACGCUUAUACCCACUCGGAAAGGAGAUGCAAAAGCCUGCAGCAAGAUUGCAGACCUGCUUCACAACGAGCACGGAUUACCCCGCGAGCUGGCAACCGAAAGCUCCACCACUUUUCUAGCUUCCUACCGACGUUGUCCGGACAAUCCGGACGUUCCGCUCACGCAGUGGCGCACCCAGAUGUGGAAGGAUGCGCUACCAGUCAGCCACAAGCAUCUAGCUCUUCAGCUGUACUCCCGAUGGACCGACUAUCGCACUCGAUAUCUCGCCCCCAGUGCGGACAUCAUCUCAAUGCUGCAGACCCUGCGACACCGCUAUCUGCUAGGGAUCAUCUCCAAUGGAUCCUCGGCGGGCCAAUGGGAGAAGAUCGACAGGUUGGCUUUGAGUCGUUUUUUCGAUUGUAUUCUAGUUUCCGCCGAUCUGCCCUGGGCCAAACCCGAUCGGAACAUCUUCAACGCCGCCUGCCACUACCUAGGGGUGCAGCCGGAGGAGUGCGCCAUGAUCGGUGACAAGCUGGAAACCGAUGUGCAGGGUGGCGUUGAGUCCAAAAUGGGUGCAACUAUUUGGCUACCCCUACCGAAGGAUCUCCAGCUCAUGCACGACAAAACCCUCGACGACCUGGACGAGCACAUUCGACCGGACUUUGUGGUGGAGAACGUAUUGGAUUUGCUAUCGGUUCUUCCCCAGUCAACGGGAGGUUCGAUUCGACAGCAGCGACCACCGGAGGCCAGAAGGGGCUCGAGUUCGUUCGUGCAGAAGACAACACGCAACCGAGAGGCUAGCUACAAUCGUUUCCUGCCGGAGGUUCCAGAUUUGUGUAGCUCGAGCAGCAAUUCCUGCGACAGCACCAGCAGUAUGGAGAGCAAUUAAGUUGAGGUUUUGUGUGUUUUCGAAAUGAGAAGGGCUCUCUGAAAUUGCAAUUGCAUGUCUCGAGUUUGUGUUUAGCGUUGAUAUUUGGAUAGGUUAGACAAUUGAUUUGCCAUUUAGUUUUUACGUUCUCGGUUGUUCUGACGAUUGAGUUGGUGAUCUUUGUUUUACUCAGUUUGGUUAUCGUUAAGUAGCUUAAUUUUACCAUUUUCCUUAAACACAGAUCAAGAUAGCCAUCUCAAGUGGGCCAAUUGUGGUCGGUCUAUAUAUAGGUGAUUUGAGGAGAAGUCAUAAAAUCAACAGGGACACUGGAUCUGCUCCUCUCGACUUGGCGUAUCGAAGUACCUGAGAUUAUUAUCAUGAUACAAACACACAGUGCGAUGAAAACGUAACAGAGUUGAAACUUUUAUCCAUUGUAA